AUGGACCGGGUUUCCUCGAAUCAAGCUGAUGAUUCCUGUUGGACGUGUCGCCGUCGUCGAUGGAAAUGCGAUCGGACACUCCCAUCUUGCUGCAAAUGUGCCGCUGUGGGACAGCCCUGCUUGGGAUAUGGCAAGGAGCGACCACUGAGAUGGACAAAUAGUGUGGCAAGCAGAGGUAAACUGAUGGGGAAGACUGUGCCACGCCAAGCAACCUUCUUCUCCAUCGGAAGGCUCCUUGUCGAUCCUGACCUGCAGGAUUUGCCUACUACAACUCGUGGUUAUAUCGCAUACUAUGUUACAGAGCCUACCAAUUCUGUAAAAGAGUUGAUGCGACUGAUUCCAUCAUCUCCUGGUUUUCGCCAUACGGUCGUCUCGGUUGCAGCGCUACAUCAAGCAAACCGGCAGUUAACGAGUCCUGCUCAUGGGCAUCGGAGUUUCAUGUCUGUACUGAAGGGAGUCAACAUACCAGAAAUCUCGACACAACUUCUCCAAGUGCCAGCAUACUACGAUGCUCUCUAUCAUAAACAGAAGACCCUCGCUUUCCUCAGAGACCAAUGCACAAGGGGAGAAUUGCGAAAUCCAGAUGAAGUAUUUGCUUCGAUACUCUUGUCAAUCUGGUUCGAGCUUAUGGAUUCCGGGAAAGAUCGCUGGAAGGAUCAUCUACAUGGAUUGCAAAAGAUCAUGCAGACCUUCAACUUCCCCAGGGGCUUAGCGGCGUCUAUCCCGCAAUUUUCUGAAUGCUUUGACACUAAUUAUGCCAUAUUUGGGAUCAUUGGCCCGACAUUCGUCAAAACCAAACUGCCCUACCAACCUAUUUUCACCACGAUACCCGUUAUCGACGUCUUAAAACUCUCUGAGUCCCAGACAUGGGCCGGAUGCCCCGCAGAGCUUCUUUUUGCACUAUCACUUAUCAACGCCGCCUCAUCAAAUCUAGAACAGACUCCUGACCUGGUAUAUCACAUAUGCUCUCUCCUUCAAAAGUUCUCUCCUAUACAAUGGGCUACCACCGGAAGCAAGGCAGACAACGUCAUGCCGCGAUAUCAUUUUGCCAGGAUUUGGCGAGCAGCAGUGGAGAUAUAUGCAUCGCAGGUCUUCAGCGCCUUUGAAGAUUUCGAUAUGAAUCUGCAAUAUCCCACGAGUUCGCUCGACUCAAUUAUCUCAAGUAUUGGAUCCAUGGACGCGUCAAAUGCACACUACAGAGGUCUGCUAUGGCCUACAUUUGUCAUCGGUGCCGAGGCACACACGCCCGCUCAGAAAAGUAUCAUUGUCGAAUCCUAUGGUCAUUCGUGGACGAUAUGGCGCUGUGAAAAUGUGACCAAUGCCUUGAGACUUCUGCAGAAGAUUUGGAAGCUAAGAGAGACGGGAGGAAUGCCGCAGCGGUGGAUUGAAUAUGUAUAUGAAUCUGGAGAAGCAUGGAUGUUUGUAUGA